AUGUUCGUCAUACGUCCGUCACACGUUUGUCACACGUCCGUCAUACGUCCGUCACACGUCCGUCACACGUCCGUCACACGUCCGUCACACGUCCGUCACAUGUUCGUCAUACGUCCGUCACACGUUUGUCAUACGUCCGUCACACGUCCGUCACACGUCCGUCACACGUCCGUCACACGUCCGUCAUACGUCCGUCACACGUUUGUCAUACGUCCGUCACACGUUUGUCAUACGUCCGUCACACGUCCUUCACACGUCCGUCACACGUCCGUCACACGUCCGUCACACGUCCGUCACACGUCCGUCAUACGUCCGUCAUACGUCCGUCACACGUUUGUCAUACGUCCGUCACACGUCUGUUGCGUCACACGUUUGUCAUACGUCCGUCACACGUCCGUCAUACGUCCGUCACACGUCCCUCACACGUCCCUCACACGUCCGUCACACGUCCGUCACACGUCCGUCACACGUCCGUCACACGUCCGUCACACGUCCGUCACACGUCCGUCACACGUCCGUCAUACGUCCGUCACACGUCCGUCACACGUCCGUCAUACGUCCGUCACACGUCCGUCACACGUCCGUCACACGUCCGUCACACGUCCGUCACACGUCCGUCACACGUCCGUCACACGUCCGUCAUACGUCCGUCACACGUCCGUCACACGUCCGUCACACGUCCGUCACACGUCCGUCACACGUCCGUCACACGUCCGUCACACGUCCGUCAUACGUCCGUCACACGUUUGUCAUACGUCCGUCAUACGUCCGUCACACGUCCGUCACACGUCCGUCACACGUUUGUCAUACGUCCGUCACACGUUUGUCAUACGUCCGUCACACGUUUGUCAUACGUCCGUCACACGUUUGUCAUACGUCCGUCACACGUUUGUCAUACGUCCGUCAUACGUUUGUCACACGUCCGUCACACGUUUGUCACACGUCCGUCACACGUUGUCAUACGUUUGUCAUACGUCCGUCACACGUUUGUCAUACGUCCGUCAUACGUUUGUCAUACGUCCGUCACACGUUUGUCACACGUCCGUCACACGUUUGUCAUACGUCCGUCACACGUUUGUCACACGUCCGUCACACGUUUGUCAUACGUCCGUCACACGUUUGUCAUACGUCCGUCACACGUCCUUCACACGUCCGUCAUACGUUGUCAUACGUCCGUCACACGUCCUUCACACGUCCGUCAUACGUCCGUCACACGUCCGUCACACGUCCGUCACACGUCCGUCACACGUCCGUCACACGUCCGUCAUACGUGCGUCACACGUCCGUCACACGUCCGUCAAACGUCCGUCACACGUCCGUCACACGUCCGUCACACGUCCGUCACACGUCCGUCACACGUGCGUCACACGUCCGUCACACGUCCGUCACACGUCCGUCACACGUCCGUCACACGUCCGUCACACGUCCGUCACACGUCCGUCAUACGUCCGUCACACGUCCGUCACACGUCCGUCACACGUCCGUCACACGUCCUUCACACGUCCGUCACACGUCCGUCACACGUCCGUCAUACGUCCGUCACACGUUUGUCAUACGUCCGUCAUACGUCCGUCACACGUUUGUCAUACGUCCGUCACACGUUUGUCAUACGUCCGUCACACGUUUGUCAUACGUCCGUCACACGUUUGUCAUACGUCCGUCACACGUUUGUCAUACGUCCGUCACACGUUUGUCAUACGUCCGUCACACGUUUGUCAUACGUCCGUCACACGUUUGUCAUACGUCCGUCAUACGUUUGUCACACGUCCGUCACACGUUUGUCACACGUCCGUCACACGUUUGUCAUACGUCCGUCACACGUUUGUCACACGUCCGUCACACGUUUGUCAUACGUCCGUCACACGUUUGUCACACGUCCGUCACACGUUUGUCAUACGUCCGUCACACGUUUGUCAUACGUCCGUCACACGUCCUUCACACGUCCGUCAUACGUUUGUCAUACGUCCGUCACACGUCCGUCACACGUCCGUCACACGUCCGUCACACGUCCGUCAUACGUGCGUCACACGUUCGUCAUACGUCCGUCACACGUCCGUCACACGUCCGUCACACGUCCGUCACACGUCCGUCACACGUCCGUCAUACGUCCGUCACACGUCCGUCAUACGUGCGUCAUACGUCCGUCACACGUCCGUCAUACGUCCGUCAUACGUCCGUCAUACGUCUGUCAUACGUGCGUCAUACGUGCGUAUAACACUAGUGUAA